AUGGAGGAGCCCGUCGUGCGACCCUCCGUGUUCGUGGUGGACGGACAGACAGACAUCCCAUUCACAAGGCUGGGGCGCAGGCGCCGGAGCCGGCCCUGCAGCGUGGCCCAGCUGGGCCUGGGCCUGCUGCUGCUGCUGCUGGUGGCCGGGCUGGCCGUCCAGGGCUGGUUCCUACUCCGGCUACACUGGCGCCUCGGGGAGAUGGUCACACCCCUGCUGGAUGGAGAUGCAGCCUGGAAACAGCUGACUCAAGAGCGGAGGUCCCACCAGGCCAGCCCAGCUGCACACCUCACAGGGGCCAACUCCAGCCUGACGGGCAGUGGGGGCCCGCUGCUCUGGGAGACAAAGCUGGGCUUGGCCUUCUUGCGAGGCCUCAACUACCGCGAGGGCUCCCUGGUGAUCGCCCGGGCCGGCUACUACUACAUCUACUCCAAGGUGCAGCUGGGAGGCGUGGGCUGCCCGCAGGGGCUGAGCAGCGGCCUGCCCAUCACUCACGGCCUCUACAAGCGCACACCCCGCUACCCCAAGGAGCUGGAGCUACUGGUCAGCCGGCGGUCGCCCUGUGGGAGAGCCACCAGCCCCCGCGUGUGGUGGGACAGCAGCUUCCUGGGGGGAGUGGUGCACCUGGACGCGGGCGAGGAGGUGCUGGUCCGUGUGCCCGACGAGCGCCUGGUCCGACUCCGCGAUGGCACCCACUCCUACUUUGGGGCUUUCAUGGUGUGA